CCUGCUUGGCGAGCGCCAAAAUGAACGAUGUUUCGAAGCUCCGGUGCUUACAGAAGCAGUGGAACUAUGUUGUGGUUUGUGUGCUGUCUGCCGAAUCUCGUGUGAUUAAACAAUUAACCAUUUUAAUGUGGUUUUUGUUGCGUGUGAAGGACAAUGUGGCAUACCUGGUUAUUGUUACCGUUUCUUUUCAAUGUGAUCGCCUGCCUGGACCUGCGCUCGAUGGCCCUCGGGAAUGGCACCGUGGUGUGGGACCAAAACAGCGCCAGCUUUCUCUGCUAUCCCUCGGCCACGUCGAGCCAGCUCCCCGCCGACCACCAGGACUUCACGAACAGCUCGGGGGGCACGCUGGUGUUCCAACCGGCGGAGACGGACGCCCGCCACGCCGCCAGAGUCAUCUGCCGCCAGCUGGGCUACUCGCACCUCGAAAGAGUGUACAGAGUGGCGUUCAAGUUCCUGACGAAGACGAAGAGGAACCUGGCAUCAGCAGCUGCCUCUCCGCCUCCCUUCCCCCCUUCGCUGCCCACCAACCGGGCGUCGGGAGGGCCGGGCACUACCACCAAGACGGGCACUCCGGCCAUUUUGAGGUGGCGCGCCGAGUGCCAAGGCUAUGAACCGAUCCUCACGCACUGCCCUAAUAUGGAAGUGCUUGACGACGCAGGGGCAAACGACACCUGCGAUCAUCUGCUGGGCGUGCAGUGCGGCAUGUGCUCCAAGAAUUGA